UGCCAUGUCGGCUGACGUAGCCCUAACGAAAAGGAAUAGAUUUAAUAAUUUCAUUCUCGGAUCUGUUCUAACAGGGAAGUUUUCACUGAAAUAAUCCAAGAAAAAUAAAUAUUUGCUGAAAUCUUUUGUUUUCUUUUCAAGAAAUAAGGCUUUUGGAAGAAUUGCAUUUACUACAAUCAAAUUUGCAAUGUUAUAUAAGGAUUAAAAAUUUUUAAAAAUCUGUACUAAUUUUAGGAAAAUUCCAUAAUCUCCUAAUAUGUGGAUUUAAAAUUCCGGUAUAUCUUUUUUGGUUCAUUAUAAAAUUAAUUCAAGCAAUAUCUGUAUCAACUUAGAUCAUAUCUAGAUUUAUAAUUUGUCUAGAUUCACCACUUCUUCGUAUCCAGAGAAAUAAACUGCCCGAAUUCGGUUCGAUGUUGUUUUGGUUGAAGUCAUUGGUCAUGGGGAAAUUCUGAAGUCUGAAGAAAAAACAUACAGAAUUCAUUUGUGCAUUAUGUUUGUAACAGUGAGAAAAUUUGCAUGUAAAAUGAGAACAGGAAUCGUAUCAGCAUCGUAGAACUUGGGCUGUGAAUUUUUACAUUAUCUUCGGAGUUGUAUCAUAAUGGAUUUAUCAGAUUUUAUUGUUAGAAAGUGCCCGGCUACGGCGAUGUACAUACCCAACUUUAUAACAUCUGAAGAGGAACAACGUAUACUCUCACAUGUGGAAAGAACACCCAAACCGAAAUGGACCCAAUUACUUAACCGUCGUUUGAUAAACUAUGGUGGCGUUCCUCAUCCCAAUGGAAUGCUAGCAGAAGAGAUUCCACAGUGGCUACAGAUGUAUGUAGACAAAAUUAAUAAUUUGGGAUUGUUUGAAACACAAAAGGCAAAUCAUGUACUUGUGAAUGAGUACCGUGCUGGUCAGGGAAUAAUGCCGCACACCGACGGGCCACUGUUCUAUCCUCUGAUUAUGACAAUUUCUUGUGGUUCACACACAGUUCUGCAGUUUAGUAAACGCGAAAAUCGUGAGACAUCCGCCGAAUGUAACGACGGGGAGUCAAGUGCCAACCGAGAAGUUCUCUUCAAAUUGAUACUCGAACCAAGAAGCCUUCUAAUUUUAAAAGAUGAACUGUACAGUGAAUACUUACAUUCAAUUGAUGAAGUGGAAAGCGAUGUACUAUGUGAUCGCAUUUGUAACUAUGAAAACUGUGAGACUACCUACAAGAUGGGCGAUUCUCUAUUGAGAGGAACUCGUAUAUCCCUAACGAUUCGCAAUGUCCCAAAAACUACAAAAAUGAAAUUGAAAUUUUUUUAGAUUACACAGUGAAUAGGCUACAUUGCUGAUGUUGCUUAUCACCAUCCUUUAUCAAGUGCGUCAACUGAUCUGUGUUACCAAAGUCUUCGUUAUUACGCCUACGCUCCGCAAUGUAUUCGUGUGCACAAAAGCAUUUCACCUCACCAGAUAUACGUAUUUAUAAAAUUAACCACUUGAAGCGACGUGACCGCCCGGUACCGCUUCCUCGUUAUACGCAUUUAAAGCGUAGAUGUGCAGUUCCAUUAUAGCUAUAAGUAAAUGUAUUUUGCAUAAUCCAAUAUGUAACCACCGUAUAUUUUAUAUUAAGAAAUUUACACAAGUGUCAAAAGCAAUGCAAGAAAGAAUUGUAAACGUUCAACGUUUUUUGUCCAAUCUUAUGUACCUACCUACAUUGUUAUCAAAAGCAUCAAUAAAGAGAAAUAAAACAA